CCACCAACAGAAGAACCACCCCCACCAUCACCACCACUACCACAAACAACAACAAACCAUUCAUCAAUGGACGUGAACAUUAAUAUCAAUGUGAACGACAAUUAUAUAAACAAGUCCCUGAAAGUAAGCAAAAAGAAAGUGAUCAACAUAACUCAUAUACACACUGAUCCAAAGAAGGCUCAUGGAGCUAAACAUCCCACAGUACCAUCAGUGACCCACCUCGGUGAAUGGACUGUCUGGUACAAGUGGUCUCCAUGUUCAACAUCCUGUGGAAUCGGUCACAGGAAGAGGCAUCGGAUGUGCCUACCACCAGGUUUCUAUUGCCCCGGCAACCAUUCAGAGAAGGCAUCCUGCUUUAAGAGACACUGUGACUUAGGCGCAACAGCUCUGCCUUCAGGGCAUUUGACAGCAUGGAACACAUGGUCCGAGUGUUCCGUCACAUGUGGCACGGGCCAGAGGAACAGACAACGGCUGUGUUUACCGUUAGGUUCUCAUUGUGAAAGCAACAUGACACAACAGACCUUUUGCAAGGUAGUAAGCUGUAGUGAUGUCGCUACCAUCGAAUUAUCAGCGCCAACAACGAAGAAAGAGGCUUCUGUCAAAAUGCUUAUUCCAACAGGACACUGGACCAUAUGGCAAGGAUGGUCCCAGUGUUCCAGCUCGUUGAAAGCCACACGACCACCACCAAAGACAACGACAAUGUUUUCACUUGGCAAAUGGAAGGCCUGGCACGAAUGGUCAGAAUGUUCAGUCUCCUGCGGUUACGGCAUCCAGCGAAGGGAGCGUAUUUGUUUAAAUUCACACUGCAUCGGUUUUUCUACAGAAACUGUGCAAUGCAUGGAACGACACUGUGAAUCAGAGUGGACUUCGUGGAAUGAAUGGUCAGUUUGCUCAGUGACAUGUGGCAAUGGUCAUCGCAGCAGAAAUCGCGUCUGUUUGCUGAGUAGCUCUACAUGUAUUGGUGUCGUCAAAGAGGUCGGACCCUGUGUCCAGCCUCUCUGUGUCCAUGAGCAACAACAUCCCAUAGCUGCAACCGGAUACGCCAAUGAACAGUGGAGCUCAUGGACUGAAUGGUCUGAUUGCUCAGUGAAAUGUGGCUCUGGCCACCGAACUCGAUAUCGUACCUGCAGUAAAAGCGUAACCAUUUGUGCUGGUCAUAACUCUGAUGUUGAAGCCUGUGUCAAGGAGAGCUGUUUUGUAGCAUUGACCAUCAAACCUAAUGGCCAUUGGACAUCAUGGAGUGAUUGGUCACACUGUUCGAAAACAUGCAACAAGGGCCACCGAAGAAGAUUUCGCAUCUGCUCGCCUAAGGGUGCUGAAUGCAGAGGAGUUACCGUUAGUACGAAAGACUGCUCCAUUAGACGUUGUCACAAAGUAUUGCCUAUCAAAACCCCUGGCAGCUGGACGUCGUGGAGCGAAUGGUCACACUGCUCAGUAUCAUGCGACAUGGGCAUUCAAAGGAGAUUCCACCGAUGCUUACCAAAGGGCAGCGAAUGCCACGGAAAGUCAGUGGAAGUAAACGACUGCAUAGAAAAACAGUGUGACGCAGACUUACCCAACAAGACCCACACCAGCUGGACAUCAUGGGGUGAGUGGUCCCAUUGCUCAACUACAUGUGACUCAGGCCACCGAGAGAGAUUUCGCAGUUGCUUACCAAAGGGCAGCAAAUGCGAGGGUGGGGAGACUGAAGAUGAAGAAUGCAUGCAUGAACCUUGUCACGCAGGAUUGCUGCACAAAGCCAACAGCAGCUGGACAUCAUGGAGUGAAUGGUCACAUUGUUCAUCAACAUGUGACUCAGGCCAGCGAAAGAGAUUUCGCAGCUGCUUACCGAAGGGUAGCGAAUGCGAGGGAAAUGUUACCGAAGACGAAGAAUGCAUGCACAAACCUUGUCAAACAGGAUCACCAAACAAGACUCACAGCAGCUGGACAUCAUGGAGUGAAUGGUCACAUUGUUCAUCAACAUGUGACUCAGGCCAGCGAAAGAGAUUUCGCAGCUGCUUACCGAAGGGUAGCGAAUGCGAGGGAAAUGUUACCGAAGACGAAGAAUGCAUGCACAAACCUUGUCAAACAGAUUUUAUCAACAAGACCCGUACCAGCUGGACAUCAUGGAGUGAGUGGUCCGGUUGCUCGACUACAUGUGACUCAGGCCGCCGAAAGAGAUUUCGCAGCUGCUUACCAAAGGGCAGUGAAUGCCGUGGAAAUAUUACUGCAGAGGAAGAAUGCAUGCACGAACCUUGUCACAAAAAUUUACUUAAUAAGACCCGUAGCAGCUGGACAUCAUGGAGUGAGUGGUCCGGUUGCUCGACUACAUGUGACUCGGGCCGCCGAAGGAGAUUUCGCAGAUGCUUACCAAAGGGCAGUGAAUGCCGUGGAAAUAUUACUGCAGAGGAAGAAUGCAUGCACGAACCUUGUCACCCAAAAUUACUCAGCAAGACCCGUACCAGUUGGACAUCAUGGAGUGAGUGGUCCGGUUGCUCAACUACAUGUGACUCAGGCCGCCGAAGAAGAUUUCGCAGCUGCUUACCAAAGGGCAGUGAAUGCCGUGGAAAUAUUACUGCAGAGGAAGAGUGCAUGCACGAACCUUGUCACCCAAAAUUAUCCAACAAGAUCCAUAACAGCUGGACAUCAUGGACUGACUGGUCUCAUUGUUCAUCAUCAUGUGGCUCAGGCCGCCAAAAGAGGUUCCGCAGCUGUGUGCCAAAGAGUAACGGAUGCCUUGGAAAUAUUACUGAAGAGCAGGAAUGCAAGCACAAAUCUUGUCCGAUAGAACAUGUGACGGCACCGAUGCACGGAGAAUGGGAUGAAUGGAGCAACUGGGCCCCGUGUUCCACCUCUUGCGGUAACGGCCGACAAAAGAGGGUCCGCAAUUGCCUUCCGCUCAAGACUCACUGCUUUGGCAAUCGCAAGGAAGUAAAAAGCUGCCUGAAAAGAAAUUGCACUCAAGGAAAAUUUGUCUCCACAGGUGGACAUUGGGCACAGUGGUCACAGUGGUCAAACUGCUCAGUUGAUUGUGUGGGUCAGCAGAGACGAAGACGUACUUGUCAGCCAGUCAGUCAUCAUUGUGAGGGUGACAUCAGCAAUGUGCGAUCGUGUAUGGAAAGAAGCUGCUUUCCAGGUCAGUGGGGUAAAUGGGGCGAUUGGUCCCAGUGUUCAGCUGCGUGCGGCAGAGGGCAGAUAACAAAGACCCGUUUAUGUAUACCCACCGGUGCUCAGUGUCCCGGCAAAGUCACUGAACGCAUGAUCUGUAUGAAAAGGAGCUGUGACAAAGAGAAUGUUUUUAAACCUACCAGUGUUCUGCAGGGGAAAUUCACCAAACUAAAAUGUUGCAGCCAAAAAAAUUGUCACAGAUCAAAAUACAAAUGGUUAAUGCCCGAUGGGAAACUAAUUGUUCCAAGCAAUAGUUCUGAAAACAGAUUCUUUGCGGUCAAUGAGUAUCUAAUUAUAGAAAAGACCCAGAAGAAAGACAAAGGAACUUAUCGCUGUCUGAAGAUCGAUGGUAAUUCUGCAAAAGGAAUUGAACUGCCUUUAGUUGUCCACACUUGUGCAAACAACCCCUGUCUAAACAAAGGCAUCUGUAAAGACACCGUUUUUUCACCUCAUCGACUCUAUAAAACUGUGUGUAAAUGUCCGUCUGGUUACCUUGGUAGCGUUUGUCAAAUUGAUAAAACAUCGCCUUUCUCAAGUAAACUUGCGAUAAUUUUGGCAGUAAUAUUGAUCAUCCUGUUUUGUAUUCUCCUUGUGGUAUUACUGGUAUAUUUCUGUUAUCGAAGGGGAAAAUUGAAGAGAUGUUUUGAUAGCAAAAUGAAUGUCUUACUCGAAUUUAACCACGACAGCACUUUCAACCCAAGUGAUGAUAAAUCUAGGUGCCCAGGUCACAAGGGACUGAACAAUACAGAGUUUUACUCAUCUGAAAAAUUUUACCCUGAAAGUAUAAUUCGUACCACAACCAUAGACGCUAUGUCAGAGGGAAAGGAGUGGCCAUCAGGGGAGAACCCUACACCGACCCCGUCUUAGAAAGCAACAAUACUUUUUACUUCUCCUGCUUACUAAGAAAUAUUCACUUAUGCUAGGUACUCCUCCUCUUCUGAAAAUUAACCAUAAAAAUCACUCGUUUUGCAUGGUUUGUAUGCUUCUCUAUUUGAUCUUAUUUAAUUCAUGUGGGGUUUUUUAAACUUGCCACAUGAAUCUUUGAUGUUAGCUUACAUCGCUUGAAAGAAGCCUCUUAAACCUUUAUAACAUGUGGGAAACUGCACGACCAGAUGAGAAGGACCACAUGGUCUCCAGGAAAAAUAUAUUUGAAACUAGGAAAACAAAAAUACCCCAAUUUUUAACAAAGAUUAUAUUUUGGUUCCGACUGGCAAUUAAUGAUUGGUCUACAUUAACAGCUGUGAGACAAAUUAAUUUGUGAAAUAUUGUCAUCAAUAAAAGCAAAAAAAAAAAAAAGGAAAAAGAUUAAAGAGAAAAAUAGCAAUUAAGCAAUAACAAAUACGCUGCAAUAUAUUGAUCUAAGUACAGAAGAAAGUCAAUCAAUCAAUCAAUCAAUGAAUCAAUCGAUCGAUCGAUCAAUCUGAUCGAUGAAAUUCCACUCUUGUCUCUGAUAAUCCGUGAUAAACCAAUAAUCAUCAGAAAACGACAUCGGGGAAGACGUAGAGCUGGAAUAAUAAAUUAAUGACUGAAAGACGGUUUUGUUAAUUAAAAAAAAUUCUUUAAGGAGAAAUUCUUUUUAAAGGCAAUCAAAACCAAACAGACAAACAAAUAAAUUAAACAAACAAAAAACAAAGGAAAAGAAAAUAACCCAAAACAAACAAACGAACGACCGUUCUUGAAAUUCCUUUCCAGGUUCAUCAAUAGAGAUUCAUUAUAUAAUAAAACUGACUGAUAAUA